AUGUUUCGCUCUGUUGCCCGCUUCGCCGGAAAGGACAUCCGCUUCGGCACGGAGGCUCGUCAGUCCAUGCAGAAGGGCGUGAAGCGCGCCGUUGAGGCCGUUGCGACGACGCUCGGGCCGAAGGGCCGCAAUGUGAUCAUUGACCAGUCGUACGGUGCGCCGAAGAUCACAAAGGACGGCGUGACGGUGGCUAAGGCGAUUGAGUUCAAGGACCCGUUCGAGAACAUGGGCGCACAGCUUGUGCGUCAGGUGUGCAACAAGACCAACGACCUUGCUGGUGACGGCACGACGACCUCCGCUGUGCUCGUGGAGAGUGUCUUCAGCGAGGGCCUGAAGCGCAUCGCCACUGGCACGAACCCGAUCGAGAUGAAGCGGGGCAUGGACCGUGCGGUGGACGUCAUCCUGCAGAGCGUGGCGCAGCAGAGCCGCAAGGUGACAAGCACGGAGAACGUUGUGCAGGUUGCCACGAUCUCGGCGAACGGGGACGAGGAGCUGGGCAAGCUGAUCGGCCAGGCAAUGGAGAAGGUUGGCAAGGACGGCGUCAUCACGACACAGGACGGCAAGACGAUGACGACGGAGCUGGAGGUGGUGGAGGGCAUGAGCAUUGACCGGGGCUACGUGAGCCCGUACUUUGUGACGGACGCGAAGGCGCAGCGGGCGGAGAUGGAGGAGGCGCUCGUGCUUGUGUCUGCGAAGAAGGUCAGCAGCAUCCACACGAUCCUGCCGAUGCUGAACCACGUGGUGCGCAGCGGGCGGCCGCUGCUGAUCAUCGCCGACGACGUGGAGAGUGAGGCACUGACCACGAUGAUCUUCAACAAGCUCCAGGGCAAGCUGAAGGUGGCGUGCGUGAAGGCGCCCGGGUUUGGCGACAACAAGGCGGCCAUGCUGCAGGACAUCGCCAUCUUCACGGGUGCACGGCUUGUUGGCGACGAGGGCACCGGNUUGGAGCUGGAUGCGGAGAACUUUGACCCCACCAUCCUCGGAAGCGUGAAGAAGGCGACGAUCACAAAGGACGACACUGUGCUGCUGAACGGCGGUGGCGACGCCAACGCUUUGAAGGAGCGCGUGGAUGUGCUGCGCGAGCUGAUUGAGCGCGAGACGAGCGACUACAACCGCGAGAAGCUGCAGGAGCGACUGGCGAAGCUGAGCGGCGGCGUGGCUGUGAUCAAGGUUGGCGGCGCCUCUGAGGUGGAGGUGAACGAGAAGAAGGACCGCAUCACAGACGCGCUCUGCUCGACCCGCGCGGCUGUGCAGGAGGGCAUUGUCCCCGGUGGCGGUGCUGCGCUGCUGCGCGCAAGCAAGACGCUCGACAGUCUGCUCGCUGACGCAUCGCUUACGCCCGACCAGCGCACUGGUGUGCAGAUCAUCCGCGACGCGNCGCGCUCUGCUCGACCCGCGCGGCUGUGCAGGAGGGCAUUGUCCCCGGUGGCGGUGCUGCGCUGCUGCGCGCAAGCAAGACGCUCGACAGUCUGCUCGCUGACGCAUCGCUUACGCCCGACCAGCGCACUGGUGUGCAGAUCAUCCGCGACGCGGUCCGCCUGCCCGCGCACCGGAUCGUGGUGA